AUGAUGGCCUGCCAUCAGCUUGCAGAAGAAAAAUGCCAAGCAAUCUUUAAACCAAAGGACGAUACAAACUACUUUACUUUAGGAUCCGAGUUUAUUCUUUUCGCAGAUGACAAUUCUACAAUACUUGUCAAAAAGGAUUUUCUUACCAGUCUUGGUGAGUAUGAGUGGACCGCGUCACGCUCUACAGAAAUUGCAAUUUUGCGCCAUUUGGAAAACGAAAUUAAAACUGUAUAAAUUUCAGUUUUUUCGGGGCUAGGAAUUGCGUUCAUUCUUUAAGCUAUCAGAGUAAAUAAUGACUUCCAAGAUUUUCUUAGCCCAGAAGAAAACAUUUUCAUAACAAGUAAGAUGUUAUAUCCAAUUUUAGUUUAAAGGACACAAAUGAACUUUAUUGUGGCACAGAGACAAAGAGGUCAGUGCCGAAGUAACAUACAAUAGCUUAGAACUCUGGCCUUAGCCCGGCAAAGAGUUAACUGUUGUAAACUGGCAACUCUAAUUUAUGGCCUGUGUUUUCUAGAAUUCUAUGUCAAUAAUCUGAAGUGCGGAACGUCACCAACGAAAGUACAAAGACCCAUUUCGUCUGGAGAAGUGAGCUGUCGUCUUCCGAAUAUAGAUCCUUUUGACGCAAGUUCCAUGAGGUAUUUUCUACCUAUAGUACCGAUUGCGUGUGAACGCGACGCAACGCUAUUUACCAGCUACCGUGACGGUCUUCUCAAAGUCGUGGUUUAUCAUGACAGAGGUGCGCCUGUUACAAAUCUGUCCUUUCAAACGAUACAUAGGCAAACGGAUGGCUCCGAUUCUGGAUUCCGCUUAGGAAAUCGAAGACCAUUGAAGUAUAAAGCACCAGUGUUGAAAUUAAACCACGAUUUCAUUCAAGUGAACGCCGAGUUCUUCAAUGGAGUGAAACAAACUGAUUUUCACGCACAGGUUGUCCCCAAAAGUCACGUGCUGCGGCGAGUACCGCAACAAAGGGCUGGUAUACCAUUAAAUAUUGUCAUUUUAGGAUUGGACCAAACCUCACACGCAACUUUUCAGCGUCUCCUUCGCAGCUCGUACAAGUUCCUGCAGAACAAGCUACAGGCAUUCAUGUUCAAUGGGUUCUCUUUAGUACGUGAGGGGACCACGCCUCAGCUGACAGCGCUCUUGACCGGACGGAGUCUGGAGGAGAAUUGUAAAAUUCACGAGGCGAGGACUGGCUUCAAGGGCGCCGGAACUGUGGAUCCAUGGCCGUUUAUUUUCAAGUCGUUAAAGGAGUACGGUUACGCUACUAUGUUUAGUGAAGAUGUUCCACCUAUAGGUAAACUAGUCACAUCGAUUUCUUUCCUUGAGCGCACUGAUCUCUUUUAUUUUCUUUGCAGUCUUAGUAAGCAGUCUUUGGGUGCCCUGUGUGUCUUUCCUAUAGCGAUCAAUUACUGUUAGUAGGUAUUUCUCCCCUCUCCAAGCUGUCGGGAACUAUUUACCUCCAAAUCUCACUCGGGCAGGAGUCCAUGCAGCUCCUGAUCUGGAAGAACGAGCUGUUUGUUUUGGUUAGUAUAUUAGGCCGAAUUUAGGUGACGCGAUUUUGCAAGAUGGUUCCAAGAGAAAGUUAUUUCUACAGCUAUUUUAUUGCAUAAGUUAAAUUUAUAUGUUUUUGUUUUGCCUUCAGGUGCUUUCAGUAUGAGGCUCAAAGGCUUUAGUGAGCCACCUUGUGAUCAUUACGCGCGACCGUUUUCGUCAGCGGUGCCACACAAACUAAACGCAGGAGUACUUCAUGAGAAAUGCAUCAAUGCUCAACCUCAACACAAAAUUCAGCUUGAAUAUCUGAAGAGCAUGUUUAGAGCUUAUCCCAAAACACCUAAAUUCGGUUUUAUUUUCCUGAGUAGCCUCGCCAUCAUAACACAAUAUUACCACUUGGUACUGCAGAGAAAGACUUUUACGAGUUCUUUAAAUCGAUGCGGGACUCGGGAUUUUUGA